CAUAAUAUGUUUUCCAUUUUCAGAUUUCUACGCCAUUUGAAGCAAAAUGUAAAGAAUAAAGCAAAAGUAGAAGGUUUAAUAUGUAAUGCAUACUUAGUUGAAGAAGCAUCUAAUUUUUGUGCACAUUAUUUUGAACCUCAUGUAUUAACACAGGAUCGACAAGUAGCCCGUAAUGAUGAUGGUGGGGAUGAUGCUGAUAUCGAAGAUAAUUUAUUAAUCUUCAAUUAUCCUGGUCGACCAUAUGGCAGAGCGAAAAUGAGAGUGUUGGCUGAUGAUGAAUAUAAGGUUGCUCAAAUAUAUGUCCUCCUAAAUUGCCCUGAAAUUGGCACAUAUGUCAAUUUGUUCUUGACUGAAUUGCGACAAACAUCACGUAAUAUUAGUGAUGCAGAAAUUAAUGAAGCAUUAGAAAACAAAUUUGCAGAUUGGUUCAAAUCUUAUGUAAGUAUCAAUUUAUCUAACUAAUUUAAUUUUCAAGUUUCAAAUAGUGUAGUAUGUAAUAAUAUUGAUUUCAAUUCUCUUCAACUUAUCAGGCAAGGCAUUCAAAUAUUGAGAACAAAUUCAUUAAGGAUUUAGCGGAGGGGCCAUUGAGAAGUGUGAAAUCAUAUCCUAUGUAUUUCAUAAAUGGUUAUAGAUUUCACACAAGUAGUCAUGGUGUUAAUCCAUCUACGAUGAAUAGCGGAGUUUGCAUUAGGGGUUCAACAUACGGUGACAACUCUAAUGAUUAUUAUAGAAUCUUGAAAGUAGUUCAAAUAGAGUAUCUUGCAUUACCAAUAAAGAGAACUAUUCUUUUCAAGUGUGAAUGAUUUGAUCUAACUCCGGAUGUCGGUAUUAAGGUUCACAAACAAUAUAACAUUGUGGAUAUCAAUCUCUGAAAAAGAUUAAAUAAAUAUGAACCAUUCAUACUUGCUUCGCAGGCUGAAUAAGUGGUUUACCUCCCUUAUCCUAGCUUGAGACGAGACAAGGCUGAAUGGUAUGCAGUGUGUAAAGUCAAGCCUAGGUCCAUUGUUAUCAUGCCUCAGACAAACUUAACGGAGCAAAUGUCUGACCAAACAUUUCAAGAUGAGGCAGUUGAGGUGUUUCAAAUUGAUACACAAGUAGAAGGUGAACAAAUUAGACCCCUAAAUGAUCCAAGUGGUGAACCACUAGAGCUUAUAGCUGCUGAAGAAGAGGGACUACUAGAUGAGACAAAUCUAGAUUUUGCAACAGAAAGUGAUGAAGAAGAUGAAGAAGAACAUAAUGAAUAUGAUGAUGAUAGUGAAUAAAUUAUAUUGUAACAGAUAGUGAAAUUGUAGAUGUAUAAAUUUAUGAAAUAUGUUACUUUUUACAGAUAUCAUUUGUCAUUUCGUUGAAUUACAAACAUUUGAAAAGUAAUGUUCAAUUUAAUUAUAACUUAUAUUUGUUAUAUUAUUAUUCAAUGCACUUUAAUGUAGAUUUUUAUAUUAUAAUACCGUUGAUGUCUAUAAUGUCACAAUUUAAUUUUAUGAAUUUCCUGUGAAAAGGAGAUGUGUAUAAUAAAUGUGUAGGCCAGGAUGCCUUUUUUUUUUUUUGUAGGUUGUGUUGUUGAAAUUUUGGAAAAGUACAAUUUUGGGGAAGUUCUAUUAGAUUUUCGAUAGAAAUAAUUUAAUUUUUAUUGCAAAUUAACUUUUGUUAUCAUGUUUAU